UGCGACGGGAAGGAAGCCGCGCCAGGUGGCGGCCGAGAUCCAGGCAACAUGUCUCACCUGCCGAUGAAGCUGCUGCGGAGGAAAAUCGAGAAGCGCAACUUCAAGCUGCGGCAGCGGAACCUUAAGCUGCAGGCCAGGGCCUUGGAUGUGAGCCUGUCGGAGGAUCAGAACGGAGACGUGCCUGAGGAGGUCAUGGCCCAGGUGAAAGCAAAGAAGGCCCGAAAACGUUCCGUGAGCGCCAGCUUGCCAGAAGCGCAAAAUGGGGCCGCGGCUAAAGACGUGGUGGAAAAGGUCAAAGUUAAACAAUCCCCCCAGAAACCAGCUGCGCUCACCAAUGGAGAAAUGGCAGCAGAGUCGUCCGGUCCCGAAUCGAAGAAGAAAAAGAAGAAAUCUGCCACACCAACCAGUGGCGAAGCAGCCACAGAAUUGCCCAAUCCCGAAUCAAGGAAGAAGAAAAAGAAGAAGAAGAGAAAGCUGGUGAAUGAGGCUGGACCUGAUGCAAAAAAAGCAAAAGUUGAAGGCGGCGACACCGAGGCCCCUAAAACGGAAUCCAGUGUGGCGGCGGCAGACAACGAGGAGGAAGACAGUGAAGUGCCCAGCCUGCCCCUGGGACUGACAGGAGCUUUUGAGGAUACUUCCUUUGAAUCCCUGAGUAACCUUGUCAAUGAAAACACUCUGAAGGCAAUAAAAGAAAUGGGCUUCACAAACAUGACUGAAAUUCAGCAUAAAAGCAUCAGACCCCUUCUGGAAGGCAGAGAUCUUCUAGCAGCUGCAAAGACGGGCAGCGGCAAAACCCUGGCAUUUCUCAUCCCUGCAGUUGAACUGAUUGUGAAGUUAAAGUUCAUGCCCAGGAACGGCACAGGAGUCCUGAUUCUGUCCCCGACUAGAGAGCUGGCCAUGCAGACGUUUGGCGUUCUGAAGGAGCUGAUGACCCACCACGUGCACACGUAUGGCCUGAUAAUGGGGGGCAGCAACAGGUCCGCCGAAGCGCAGAAACUUGCCAACGGGAUCAACAUCAUUGUGGCCACCCCCGGCCGGCUCCUGGACCACAUGCAGAACACCCCAGGGUUUAUGUAUAAGAACCUGCAGUGUCUGGUGAUUGAUGAGGCUGAUCGCAUCUUGGAUGUUGGAUUUGAAGAGGAAUUGAAGCAAAUUAUUAAACUUUUGCCAACCCGCAGGCAGACCAUGCUCUUCUCCGCCACACAAACGCGGAAAGUGGAAGACCUGGCGAGGAUUUCUCUGAAGAAGGAGCCGUUGUACGUCGGUGUCGAUGACGACAAAGCCAACGCCACGGUGGACGGCCUUGAGCAGGGAUAUGUUGUUUGUCCCUCAGAAAAGAGAUUCCUACUGCUCUUCACAUUCCUUAAGAAGAACCGAAAGAAGAAACUCAUGGUCUUCUUCUCCUCCUGCAUGUCCGUGAAAUACCACUACGAGCUGCUGAACUACAUUGACCUGCCCGUGCUGGCUAUCCACGGAAAGCAGAAGCAGAACAAACGGACGACUACGUUCUUCCAGUUCUGCAACGCAGACUCGGGGAUAUUGCUGUGUACAGAUGUGGCCGCAAGGGGGCUGGAUAUUCCUGAAGUGGACUGGAUUGUCCAGUACGACCCUCCGGAUGACCCUAAGGAAUAUAUUCACCGUGUGGGUAGAACAGCCCGGGGUCUGAACGGACGAGGGCACGCCCUGCUCAUUCUGCGUCCAGAAGAACUGGGUUUCCUUCGUUACUUGAAGCAGUCCAAGGUUCCAUUAAGUGAAUUCGACUUCUCCUGGUCUAAAAUCUCUAACAUUCAGUCUCAGCUUGAGAAGCUGAUCGAGAAGAAUUACUUCCUUCACAAGUCAGCCCAGGAAGCCUAUAAGUCGUACAUACGCGCUUAUGAUUCCCAUUCUCUGAAGCAGAUCUUCAAUGUCAAUAACUUAAACUUGACUCAGGUGGCACUGUCUUUCGGCUUCAAGGUGCCUCCUUUUGUGGAUCUGAAUGUGAACAGCAAUGAUGGCAAGGUUCGAAAGAGAGGAGGUGGCGGGGGAUUCGGCUACCAGAAAACCAAGAAGGUUGAGAAAUCCAUCAUCUUCAAGCACAUCAGCAAGAAGCCGUCCGACCGCAGGCAGUUCUCCCACUGAAGGUGCCCCUUCCCCUCAGUCACUGUCCCGGAGUCGGUGUUUAAUCUAGCCACGGAAUCUUUAUAGCCUUUACAAUUGAGCUCAACCAGUGAGCGCACAGGCUGCAACAGUGGACGCUGUAAUUUCCAGCAAGUGUCUAUUUUUAAGAUUUUGUAGAAUAUAAAACAGACUUUGAUGUUUCUUGAUUGCCCAAGGACAAA